AUGUUACCUCCCGCUUCCAGCGACCAUAAUCUCAUGAAUGAGCAUGCCUACUACGAGCGAGGCGUUGACGAGGAGCAGAUGCAAUUCCAGAAUCCCUUAACCGUGGCGGCAGUAGCAGUGGUAGCAGGUUUCACGCUAUACAAGCUCACAUCACUAGUCAUGAAGGCAUGGCGUAAGGAUCGUAAAGGUCCAAUCUUGCCAGAGCAUGCUAUUUGA